UUCGUUUAAUUCAACCAUUACGUGUGUAGGCAGUGCGGGUUGUGUAACUCCAUUGCCCCGCGACAAAACGGCCGAUUUAUUACCAGAAGACUCAAGGUUCGAGCCCAUUUCUACUUUAGCGUCGAAACAGUUUGAUCCGAGGGACCGGAGGGUAUAAUUUUUCAUCACUCUUAGGCAACAGUGGUUUUAGUAGAGGUUUAUAUUCGUGUUGAUUUGUCGUCUCCUCCAGUCACCAUGUUGAGGGCACCAGCUUCCAGGGCGUGGUCGGCAACCAGGGCGUUGCUGAAGCCCACGUCCUCCUCCCGUAUGGUCUCCACCUCCUCCCCUGCUUUGGAGAAGAUCAAGGUCUUUGUGGACGAUCAGAGCGUCAUGGUAGAGCCAGGAACUACAGUCCUUCAGGCUUGUGCUGAGGUUGGAGUCGAGAUCCCUAGGUUCUGCUACCACGAGAGGUUAUCCGUUGCGGGGAACUGUCGCAUGUGUCUUGUAGAGGUGGAGAAAUCAGCCAAGCCUGUUGCUGCCUGUGCAAUGCCAGUCAUGAAGGGAUGGCGUAUCAAGACAGACUCGGAACUUACGAGGAAAGCCAGGGAAGGAGUGAUGGAGUUUCUCCUGGUCAAUCAUCCCCUGGACUGCCCCAUCUGUGAUCAGGGAGGAGAGUGUGAUCUCCAGGACCAGUCCAUGGCUUUUGGGAGUGACAGGAGUCGCUUUGUAGACAACCAAUUCACAGGGAAGAGGGCAGUGGAAGAUAAGAAUGUUGGACCACUCAUCAAGACCAUUAUGACACGCUGUAUUCAUUGCACAAGAUGUAUCAGAUUUGCCAGUGAAGUAGCAGGAGUAGAUGACUUAGGUACAACAGGCAGGGGAGGUGACAUGCAGGUUGGAACUUACAUUGAGAAAAUGUUUGCAUCAGAGCUCUCUGGAAACGUCAUAGAUUUGUGUCCUGUGGGGGCGCUAACAUCCAAGCCCUAUGCCUUCACCGCACGCUCCUGGGAGACGCGUAAGAUCGAGUCAGUUGAUGUAUUGGAUGCAGUAGGUAGCAACAUCGUCGUCAACACCAGAGCAGGAGAGGUCAUGAGGAUUCUACCUAGAAUGAAUGAGGAAAUCAAUGAAGAAUGGCUGUCUGAUAAGAGUCGCUUUGCCUACGAUGGUCUGAAGAGGCAGAGAUUGACCGUCCCAUUGGUGAAGAAUGAAGAAGGCAACCUCGCACCCACAGACUGGGAGGAAGCACUUACCAGAGUUGCUGCUCAGAUCUCAGAAGUUGAAGGAAAUCAAAUUGCAGCCAUUGCUGGUGGUCUAGUAGAUGCAGAGUCAUUGGUAUCACUGAAAGAUCUACUGAAUGGACUCGGCUCCGAAGGACUAUGCACAGAAGAAAAUUUCCCAAUGGACGCUGCAGGAACGGAUCUGCGUUCAAACUACCUGCUGAACACAAGCAUUGCAGGAGUAGAGGAAGCAGACCUGAUCCUGCUCGUGGGAACCAACCCCCGGUACGAGGCGCCUCUCUUCAACGCUCGCAUCCGCAAGAGCUGGGUUCAUAACGACCUCCAGGUGGCCUCCAUCGGCCAACAGGUUGAUCUUACUUACGACUAUGAGCAUAUUGGGGACUCCACAGCGGUCCUGAAGCAGCUUGCCGACGGCUCACACCCCUUCUCCAAGACUCUCAAGGCCGCCAAGAACCCCAUGAUCGUCGUGGGUAGCGGAGCCUUCCAGCGAGCUGAUGGUGCUGCCAUCCAUGCCUCCUUGACAUCCCUCGCCCAGGCCGUCAGGGCCAGCAGUCAGGCGCCACAGGAGUGGAGGGUGCUGAACGUCCUGCAGAGGGUUGCAAGUCAAGUAGCUGCAUUAGACAUUGGCUACAAGGCUGGCGUAGACCACAUCCGAGAGUCCAAGCCCAAGGUCCUCUUCCUUCUGGGAGCCGACGAGGGAACCAUCACGAGGGACGAUCUGCCUCAGGAUUGCUUCAUCGUCUACCAAGGUCAUCAUGGCGAUGCAGGAGCUUCCAUGGCUGAUGUAGUGUUACCGGGAGCUGCAUACACAGAGAAAACUGCCACAUACGUCAAUACAGAGGGACGUGCCCAACAAACAAGACUGGCCGUGUCUCCACCAGGAUUCGCUCGCGAGGACUGGAUGAUCAUCAGAGCUCUCUCAGAGGUCACAGGAAACCAGCUUGGCUAUGAUGAUAUCGAUGGAGUAAGGCAGAGGUUAGCUGACGUCUCACCAAACCUCGUACGCUAUGGAGACCUGGAGGAGGCUAACUUCUUUGAACAGUCCAGUAUCCUGGGCAAGACUGUGAGCACCAAACUAUCCGAGCAGGCACUGCAAGUGAAGCAGACCACCCUAGAUAAGUUCUACAUGACAGACUCCAUCAGCAGGGCUUCCCAGACGAUGGCCAAGUGUGUGCAGGCCGCGGCACAUGCGCAGCAGAAAUAAAUAGCGCCCUCAUCGGAGAAACUGUGAUAUUUAUAAUGCAACAUGUAUGUACAGAGAAGUUGUUAUUGAAUGGAUGUUUUUACGAAGAUGGAGUAAGGAGCAGAGCCCAAUCUAUGUCCAUGACUGGUUGUUUGUGUUCAAGGAGUUGCUUGUAACACUUUGGGGAAGAACCACAACAUUUUAGCAUGCAAGAAACUUUCACAAAUGUGCUUUUGGUCCAGAUUGCAGAAGUUUAAUUGAGCACAACAAUGGAAAUGGAUGCAAAUUUGCAUUUCUGAAAAAAAUUGCAUGUUUCCAAAAGUGUCAGAUUUUCACGGUAUUAUGGACAUACUAAUGAUUUAGGUCCAAAUGUGAUGCCAAUAAGGACUUUUUUCCAUUGAAAUCAUGAGAAACUGGCGAGUCUCUGCUAGUUCAAUCAUUUAUAUUCUUGAAACCCUUCAAGGCUUCUUGUUGCUAGCCCUCAAUAGUUGUUUUUCAUAAUCUGUAGAAGAUCAAACCAACAUAAUUAACCAUUAUUCUGUAGAGGGGGAUAAAAAAUAACUAACGAACUACAGUACAGAUUUAAUUUCUUGCAAGUAGUCACUUUGUGUGAUUAAUGAAUGAGAAUAUCUCUUCAGAAGUCGGGCUCAAUUUCUGACAAACAAGGAAUGUAUCUUACACGCAUGAAUUGUGAUAUAUUUAUUGUUGAUGUUGUUAGACAAUGUUCAUAAUAACUAUGAUGAAAGUAUCGAUUAUAUAGGGGCAUUAACAACAAAAUGUACCAUAGCACUUACAAAAACCCAGAAUGUGAAGAGAAACCUAGAACUCAUAAAAUAGGUAAAACAUAUUACAUGUGUAAUUACAGAAGGAGGAAGAGAUCUCAUGCAAACACAUCAUUAAAUAUUAUUGGCAAGGAUUGAGAGAUUGCAUUUCAUCAAAAUUUAUUGAAUUCAUUGAUUCAUUUUUACAAAUCUUUUCUCCAUGAUCUUGAACUUUUAAUCAAAUUACAUAUUAGUCAGGGAUUGUUCGAAACUUGUGUAAAUACAGAGUUAAUUGUACAAAACAAAAGUCUUGAAACUUUGCAGUGAGCUGCUACGUCAUUUCAGUCUCUGUGAUGUCAUAGAAAAUAAACAAAUGUUCAUCAUUAUGAUGAAGUUACAAAAAAAAACAAUGAAUUGGAUUGUCUGAGAGGAUAUUAUUCCCAUUUUGUCCAUCCGUAAAGAGAUAUAUUGGAUUGUGGCACUGAAUGUAAUAAAAGUUUCUUGAUGAAAACUGA